GCAACGCUGACGAACGAACCUCACGCAAGAGGUGACGCCGAUCAUUCAUAAGCUUCACGCAGCGCAGAAACUUCUUGUUUGAGGUUUGGUUGGAAGGGUGUUUUUCAAGAUCACAGCCUUUGUGCUUGAACCAGCUCAGCUGACAUUCGAUGUUCUUGGGACCAAUCUCAGUGGAAGAUGCGCGCUUGGUUUCCUCCAGUGUGGGUCAUUCAGUAUGCAGCAUUUGUGCCGAUACGACAUUUGCGCAUGAUUGGAACCUCGCUGGUUCCGAUGAUGUGGGCUACGUCUCUAAACGAUUUUGCCUUUAAAACUGCCUUCUGUGCACAAUUUUGCCUGUAAACUUGCCUCCUGUAGACAAAUUUUGCCUUCAAAACUACCUUCUGUUGACCAUUUUGCCUUUGAACUGACUUCUGUAUGCACCUGGCCGAACAGUCCAAUCCUGAGGAACCUUCAACGAGGCAGUGGGUGUUGCGGAGUGAUUUCCCUCGGGUCCUUGUGUUGUGUUGGUUGUGGCGAGCACAGUUGGGGUUUCAAGGGCGGUUUGUGCUACACAAUCCGCAUUCGGAGUUGCUCAGACUUUUGUACAAAAAACCCUUGGAGCGGUCAAAAGUAUAUAGUACAUAAUAGAAAACAGCCGUUGAUGAUCGUAGCAUAUAAUAUGGAGUGGCAGCGGGGUAGUUAGGGUAUUACAGAUUGUUGGGGUGGAUUUUCGCACCAACGGUGGCUCAAGCGUCCGUGAAGUGGGACACAUGACUUUGGUGGCCAUUUUGCCAUGGUGACGCCUAUAGGCGGUUUUCUACGGAGAUUGGCCAUCGCAUGGUUGCUUUGGGAUGUAUUUCCAGUUUCGCAAGGCGGCGAGCACGCAUUGAUAAGGUCUGCAUUUGCCAAGAAAAUCGCAGGACCCGUGCGGUUGGCUGGGCCCAAAAAGGAGAACAAAUGGCGGUAUUUGAGCAAAUUUGGAUAUGACAUCGGUACUGGUUCUUUCGACUUUCGCUUCCAACUGGCUGCGCCAAAGAGCAUCCCCGAAGCUGCGGUGAUCCAGCUAGAAGUCUAUUUGGACGAGCAUUGGGCUGAAGCUGAGCUGGAGCCUGUCCUUUGUGAUCGUCGAAAGCACGCAAAACAGGUUCGUAACAUCUCAAUUGGCCCGGGCUCCAACUGGACAGACUGGUCCAGUGGUACCUUGAGCCAGAGCGUCCGGCCUCACAUAUGGUAUUUCGUGCUCUCUGAUUGCCGGCAUACCCUUGCAAACUUCACGCAUCGGCUGAAGUUCGAAUUCCAUGCAAAGCAGGCGGAUGGAUCCGAAUUUAGCAUUGAGAUGAAGGGCAUGCUUCUUGCCAAUGUUCUUUUCUUGGCAUCCUUCGUAGUGAUGAUGCAUUGGUUCAUCAAGAGGACCUUGGCCUUUGCAAAAAGCGCAGGCUAUGUCCAUCCGGUCAUUUGGACUCUAGCGUGUGGAAUGAUCACGCAGCUUGUUGCACAGACCAUGCAUACAAUUCACCUGUUCGCCUACAAGUACGAUGGUGAUGGGCUCAAGGCCUGUGAAGUCCUCUCCGAGAUCCUUUUCAUGCUAGCGCAGGUGAUUCAGACAUCCCUGCUGAUCUUGAUAGCGCUUGGUUACACUCUUCUCCAGUCCAAGAUUGGAGAACUAGAUUUAAUGAUCCCAAUGUGCUUCAUGAUUGGGGUCAUACACAUCAUGCUGGUUGGCUUUGGCAAGAUCAAGGACGAUGCAUCCUACAAGUAUCACGAAAAUGAAGGGGUGAUUGGCUGGAUCCUGCUGGUGAUGAGGUUGGGUCUCUAUGGCUGGUUCCUCUGGGCUGUCCAAUCAUCUGCUAGAGAGGGUGGCAUGAAGAUUGCAAACUUUUUGCAGCAGUUCAGAAUUGCAGGGUCGCUGUAUUUUCUUGCAUUUCCUGGCAUCUUUCUGGUUACUCAGCUCUUUGCUCCGUACCUGCAGCACUUUGUGAUGACCAUAGGUCAGAUGAUCAUGCAGACCGGCUUCAACCUGUGGCUUUCGUCUCUUUUUCUAACACGAGGGCAGUACUUCAAGGCUCUGGGCAGUUCAUGA